GUGGCGGCCCCAGUGGCCGGCAGCGGUACUGAACAGCCAGCAGGACUGCGUUGAGUCAGUUCGCCGUAGCUUUGCCGACUGGAGGGAUGUGACCCCGGAACAGGACGCCCUCCUACAACAACACACCAUUCAAACAGCACUGAAGAAAGAAAAGCUGGACCAGGAGGGAGCCACAGGAGCAGGGGGGAUGAACCGCGAGGAGGCCCCAGGGAAGUCUCCUGAAGACAUGUACAUCCAACAGAAAGUGCGGGUCCUGCUCAUGCUAAAGAAAAUGGGAUCAAAUCUUACACCAAGUGAAGAGGCUUUUCUCCGGAAUUACGCAGGUGUGGUCCACACUCAGAUGAGCCAGCUACCACAGCACAACAUAGACCAGGGUGCAGAGGACGUGGUGAUGGCGUUCUCACGGUCAGAGACGGAGGAUCGGCGACAGUGACCCUGGGCCCCCCCAUUCUGCCCCACUGCAUCCCGCCCCACCCCGCCCCCGUCCCACCCCGCACAUGAUCCACAACAACCCAAACUCCACAAACGCAACACUGAGCUCAGGAGAGGAGGGGCACCCGGGAGGGACAGAAGAGGAGGGGAAGAGACACCAGGAGGUGGCUGCCUCGCUCUCCCCCAGCCUUUUCCAUCCCCGACUCCUCCUCAUACAAGCUGGCACACCAUCACCUGAGAUGCACUCAAGUGCUUCACUGUGGGUUGAAGUCUUGGUAACAAGGCAGUCAGUGAAAACACUCACAGAUUGUGUGGGUGAAUAUCAAAUGUAGUUUCUUUUGUUUUGUUUUUUUGGGUGGGUGGGUCAGUUUUGUUUUGCAUUAUUUUGUCUGUGUUGAGAAUUUAGGCAGUGUUACGUGUUAUAUCUGCUGUGGUCACUGGAGGAAUUGACCAGUCAGCAGCUGAUUGAAGCAAAGAGAAAUAUAGUUUUGGUCAAGCAGCGAGUGUGAUGAUUGAUCGUGUUAGGGGAGAGAUUUUAAUUAUUUCUGCUUACCCUAAUGGGGCUGAAAUUGUUUUUGAUUUAGCUGUUGUAUUAUAAAGGCUUUUGUAUUCUGUCACACAAGGGGCCUCAUUUAUAAACAAUUUGUGUGUCCCGAUGCAGACGUUGGGAUGUUUCUGGAGACCGUCAAUACAUCUAUUGGAACCUGCAUGCUGAAGGCAAAGUAGUCAAAUAAAAUCUUAUGUAUUAAUAAUUCUUCUCAGACAAUUUCACUUCAUAUCAAAUUCUGGCCUGUUUAUUUAUCAUCUUCUUGCGGCAGGAAGCCGGUUGUAGAAUCCAGUGCAUUAAAGUGAGCUCCAACUAAAGUGAACUCUUUUUCUUUACCAAUAUGCAGCUACAACAUGUUUUUUUUUUUUUGUAUCAAUCUUGAAAUUUUUAUUUUAGAAUCAUUUGGUUUUCUGAUCAUGCAGUGCUCUCUGCUGCUGUGACUCGCUGAUUUUCUCUUAAACCCGAAAAAUGAACAAAAACAAAACAGUUGAAGAUCCACAACAUUUUACACUCACACAUUUCUCUUUGUGGAUUUGCAGUCUGACCUUUUGUUCACAUGUACAAAUACUAGAAUGACAUGCUGAUUGAUGUGUGUAUUAACACUCACAACAGGCCUGUCAUUAAUCAUUCAUGUUUAAUUAUGGGAGUUAACAGGGCAGGAUAACGAGGCUAGUGACAUGAUCGAUGUGAUUCAUAAAUGGAAAACUGCUUUAAGGUGAGGGUUUUUCUGAGUGUACACAGUUUUCUUCUCAUGUUGAAAUCUACGCACAGUGUUAUAAAUGAGGCCCCACUUGUUCUUCUGCUGCUUUAUUUUGAACCAUAGGCUGUUGAGCGUGCAACAAUGCUUUUCUCAUGAGGAAAGCAUGCAAAUUAAAGACACUAGCAGACAUAAUCACAUGAAACACAGGUGAACACAGGUGUUUCCCCAAACAAAUACUGGUUUUGGGUUAUUGUGACAUGUAAAACCUUUUUUUUAUUGUACAGAUAGUUGGGAAAAUACAAUAAUGAAUUGAUUGUGCCAAUUUUAUUUUUGUUGUGUUUUUUUAUCUGUAAGAUAAAAUUAACAUGAUUAAGAAAAUUGAUAAGACACAGGCUUUAGUUGUAAUUUAUUGUUUACUGAAUUGACUCCCUGUUCAUCCAACACACCAUUAAAGAUGGAGAACCAGUAGAUAGUGAAAGCCUACCAUGAGUCGCUCUUUAAUGCCAACAGCAGUGGCUCUUUAUUCACACUAAAAUCACACAAACUCUAAUUUUUAACUACCUGUAACUAAACACAUGAAGCCAAACAUAAGAACUGUGUGCUAUUUCUGACUUGACUGUAUCUCUUGCACUAUUAUCAAUGGGAUAUUUGCAAAAAAUACAUUUUGAUAUGUAGCACAGGGAUUCUAUGUUUGGAUCAAUAGAUAAUAGAAAACUUUGUAACCAUGUUUUUAUUCCUUCAGUUUUAAAAAAAAUAUCUCCUCUGUGUUAAUUGACUCAACUGGAAUAGCUCAAGUGAAUAUUUGUUAACAACCGACAUGUUUUUCUAGUGACAUGCUCAAUAUUUAAUGUGUUUUAAGUACAGUUUGGUAUCUUGUAUAACUUAAAAUAAUUGUAACGUAAUGUUUUGAAGCCAAGCAUGUCUGCCUUGUGGUUUAUAAUGUUCGUUCAUGUGGAACCAAGGAUCUUUGAAGCCUUGCCACAAUGACCAUUGUUUGUACAUUCUUGACGUUUGUGGAAGCUACUAGCUCUUUAAAAAAAGUUUCAGAAAAAAAAAUCAUUUUUGUAUGGGUAAAGUGUUAUCCAUUAUAUCUUGUUGGCAAUAACUUCUAUUUGAAUGUCUUCAGCAAUCAUCGCAAUGUAAUCAGCCAACAGAUCUGUCAUGCUGUCCGCCUAUGACAAAGAAAUUUGUCUUUUUAUGUUUACUUUUAUUUUAAAACAUUCUUUAUUUGUCUAUGCAUUGUGUUUUUUCUCUAAGGCGUCUUACUGUACAUUUUACCUAUCAGGGUUGUUCUACGGCCUUUGUUCAAGUUGUGGAUGAAUGUCUCUGUGUAUGAGUGUGUGUGUGAUUAUCAUUGAACUUGCUACCGGUUUUGAUUUUCAGCAUGCUGUUGAGUUUGACUAGGAUCAAUGUAUCUUUUUACUGUGAUGACCUGACAUUGCCUAAUUGUCCUUUUUUUUGAGGUUUUUAUUAUUUUUAAGGGUUUUUUUGUGUUGUCUUUGUAUUUUAUUUUCCUCUCAGUCAACAUUGAUUAGUUGGUUUUGUUUUGUAUGGCUGCUGACCAUGUCUUGACUUAAUGCUUCCAAAUCCUAUACCAACUGAACCAUUAAAGAUAUUUUAAACAGUGA